GCGGGGGCUUAAUGGGUAAUUUUAGUCGGCAAGUAGGUGGGCAAAAGAUGGCGUAACUGCUGCAUAGUUUUUCCCCGUUUGCCCAUGUCCCAGAAAAUUUUAUUUUCCCCUUUUCCCAGUUUAUCCACCUUUACAACAAACACUUUGCCCACAUUUCCCCGCUUUACCCAUGCCAUUUUCUAAAAUAACCCACUUAUUCCCACUUCACCCAUGUUACAACCGAAAACAGCCCACCAUUUUCCACUUUCCCCAAAUCUGAACGGAAAACUGUACACGAUUUUACCCGCAUAUCCCAGGUCCUGGAAAAAUUCACCGACUGGGCCACCACCUCAAACAUUUGUGUUAAGAAAUUCUUUAGUUUUCAGUUUUCCAGGUAGCUCUGGCUUCGAAGUACUGCAGAAACUUUGGGGAGCAGACUGCAGAUAACUGUCCCAUUUUCGCUAUUGUGCUGGAAGAAUAUGCCCCCGGAAAUAUUGCAGUGAGACGGAAGAAAAUGCUAGUUGGGUCAAUAUGUAGGUUAGAGUCAGUUAUAAUUAUGGAGCAUAAGAAUUAAGCUAGAGGUGGAGUGUUUGACCCUGCUAAGUUAAUUAGUCUAGAAGAAUGCCCAGUCCUUGUGAUGCAUUCACAUACAUGUGAUCAAACGACGAGCUGGUAUGGGUUGAAAGUAAUAGACAGUAAUCUAAUGCUAGGAUAGAUAACAGAUGAUUGUUAGCGUGAAUUCAUGAUUGGUGCGAUCUAGCGGACAUCGAUUAUUCAUUGUUAAAAUUUCCGUUGAUUCGUGAAGGUUAUAUACUCGGUAUUGUGAAUAAUUAGGCUAUUGUUGUCGUACUUAUCGUGGUUAAAUCUGACAUUUGUGUGCCUCCUCGGUAUGGGGAAUAUUUUGGCGCAUUGCAGCCAACAUAGGCAGCAACGAAUAAAAAGCAGUAACGCUCGGUUACCACAUUUAGUUAAGUAGAGUGAGAGAUUAAUCACUUUACCUCAAAUCAUCGAGUCACCACCAAACACUUGAACACAGGGAUGAUGUAACACCCAUUUGGGAUAUAUAAAGAAUUGCAAUGAAACAAGUUAUGAAAUACUGGGAAUACUUGUUGACAUAGUUAGGGCAGCAAAUUGUGCUAUAAAUGUCAUCUAGCAAGGAUUUGAUGAAUUCGUUAAAUGUCGAUAAAAUUAGUGUGUGUAGUACGCUGAUUGUUGAAUAAAUAAAUUACGCUAAACCAGUCAUGGAAAGCGAUAGGUGCUAAUGUUUUGCAAAUCAAGUUCAAAUGGAUAGGGGAUAUGGGGUAUGCAAGAAUAAAAUAAAGGUAAUGCAUUGUGGUACAGUUACAUCACUUAAAUAAACAAUCAGUUAUCAGAGAAAGAAAUUAAGAUUGUCAGGAACUUCAAACUCUGUAUGAACAAACAAAUAAGGUAGUGGUACUGUCAAAAAGUAUGUUUAGAUGAAUCAAGGAUAAUAAUGAGAUGGAAUGAAAUAUUAACACCAGUAAUAUUCAGUCAGUAGAAGGUACUAUCAUGGUCGAUACGAAGAGACCAGGAUUUCCUUCUGAACACAGUUUACAAACUCGGUCUCUGCGUAGGUGACUAUACGUUUGAACCUAUGUUUAGAAUCAAAUUCGUCACCUGCAUAUUGUCCAGUUCAACGUGAGAAGUCACGAUAUUUCUCUUCGGUUACCAAAAAUGUUCAGAUCACGCGUGUUGUAGCCGCCUCAGUUAUCAUGUAGCACUCACGCCAAGCCACCGCGUACCUUGAUGAACAAUGUUAGCUGACUUCAGGUUCAAUUACAAGAGUUGAAGAUGGUUAAACCAAAGCAUGGUACCAUCAUCUGAGGAUUUUAAGUGUUGGUCUGAGCCACAUAGGGAGGGGAAGACGAACUUGUUGAUAUUCUUGAGAUGAUUAGAACCAAUGGCCAGUGACUAUCAAUGAUAUAGAUGAGAACUGUUUUCAAUAGUGCAGAUGCAUUUACCUUUCUGUAACAUCAGAUCCAUUACAUCCUCAUUAUUCACCAUGUAAUUAUUCUUUUUCACACUCAUUUCUCCCCGUUAUGGUUCAUUUGAUGUUUUUUCUAUUUCUUCACCUUUGUGUUCUGUAUGGACUUUGGCAACUUAAACUACAGCAGUCCCGUUCAAAGUUCUACGUUCAAAACUGACUAUGUUAGCCAGUCAGUGAUGCUAUAAAUGGUAAUCAAGAUGGCAGGCUGAAUAGCGUGAUACUACUGCUACUAUUCCUCAUUGAUUCAUAUGAGUAUUAGGAAACCAAUCAAGUCAAACAGUAGUGCUUGCUAGAUAGAUCUAGACACUGAACAGCUGUUCCGUUCCUUUGGGACGGAGUUCAUCAGAAGCGUAUCCGGUUCGAAUCUGCUGACAGAUAUGUAUCGCUUCAAUGCGACUAUCAAGCACUUUGGCUUAAAGUCACUGGUUUCCAACUACUGAUAUCAAUCAGUCAAUCAAUAGUAUAUACUCGGACCUGUCUCGCUUGCAUUACAUGAUCUAGUGAAGUAAUUCAUUACUAUCUUAGGGUGAGCAAUAUUGAGGUUAGGCGUCGAGUGUUAGGUAAGGAGGGGAAAUCAAUCGAUGAGGCUGUGAAGCUACACCUGUUGAGAUACUUAGGACAUGUGUUACGCGUGCCUAACCAUCGAUCGCCGUCCUCGACGGGUAAUGUUAGCUGGCAUAGGAUUGAUCAAGCUGGAAAAGAGCUGGUUAGUGGUGGUCAAACCAAAACACAGCUUCAUCAGUCAAUCAAAUGCACAACAGUUAGUUUAAGCUAGUCACGUAGGAUGGUGUCGAUUUCCUGUUUGGGGUCCUCAAGAUGGUUAACACCAAUGAAGGCUGGAGAUAAUUGUUGAUAUGGGUCGAAAUCAUUCUUAGUGAUGGCACAGAGGUAUCCAUUCUUCGUGACAUAAUACCCAAUUAAACUAUAUUGUUCUUCGAUAUUACUAUUCUUUCUGCCUCAAUUCUCUGUUUCCUGUCUCUAUUUUGCAUUUCCUCGUACUUUCUUCUCUUGCUUUGUGUACUACAUGGAGUGUGGCGACUCGAACUAGUGUACAUCUGUGUAAAGUGCUACGUUGAAACCACUCAGUCAGUCACUGUCUUAAUUUAAAAACUAAAUUACUAUCCUGUACAUGUAUAUUUAUAUAUUACUAGGGAAUUCAGUGCAUAAAUCUGUCGACUGGCACAUAUUGUCUUACAUAUAGAAUUGUUAUGUUUUUGUCCUUUCUAUAAAUUAUAGAUACAGUUACCCUUAUGGAGCGCGUAAAUGCGGAAGUUAAGAUUUUGUCAACUGGGUUAAAGUAUCUUUCACGUUAUGUGACACAACAAAAACGUCAGUUAGAUUCAGCAUUGGGAAAGAUCACUGCACUUGAAGAACAGUUGUCUGCUCAUCUGUCAAAGUGUACACCUUCUUCACCGUGUACACAACGAUCUAUAGGCUGUCAGAUAUCGCCAAAUUCGAAACCUUCAGUUACUCUGUCAUCAAGUCGAAAGCAUUCAGUCACUUUAUCGCCUGACAUGAAUGAUGUCUCUUCUUCUUCAAGAAGUAGUGUCAGCAAAUCCUUUAAUGGCACAAUACAAUGGCUUCAAACAGCAUCCAAUUCAGUGGACAAGGAUACACCAAAAAUUUCUAACAAACUGGAGAUUAAUAAAUGUCAGGCUGUCAACUCGCUUUCCUCUCAAAGGCCUUUAACGAUCCCAAACAAUUCUCCUGGACACAAUCGGUGAUCAUAAUGGUUCGAAGAUUGCCG